ACUGCCAGUCAAUUUGGUUAUUCGUCGAUUUUUGCAGUCGUGUCGUGUUGUGUUUUUCUGAUCGGGAAAUCUGUUAAAAAGAGUGCUCUGUAUUGAGUAGCGAGAGCUAUACCCGAUAUAUUCAUGUUGCUGUGGGUGUUAUUACGAGAAAACCGUAGUGUGCUGCAUUUAUUUACAUUGCAAAAUACCAACUCUUUUGACUUGCUGUGGGAAAAGUUUAUGCUUUUAAUAUUAUAGUUCAUUCUUUACGCGAUCACGAUGUUGAUCGCGCCAGCAAACUCGCGGUCUCGGGCGAACGAAAGAGGCGCGAAGCCCUACUGCAAAUGCUGGAACAAGAAAACGCCGAUGCUAUGGAAACAGCUAGGAUCCUGUACUUGCGGAGAAGAAAAUGACGUGAGUGAAUGGCGAUGGGAGACUCCAGACAGUAGUUCAAGUUGGGUGGUCGUCAGUGACGAUAAGAAGCAGGUCACCUUUCAUCCACUAUACAGCUCAGGAACGGCCGCUGCUAAAGGAGACACACCGCUGGUUCACAACUAUCAUUACUACUGGGAAGUGAAGAUACUCACAGACACAUAUGGGACAGAUAUUAUGGUGGGACUUGGUACUGACAAAGUUGAUACAGCACAAUCUCAAUUCAAGUUUACGUCGCUACUCGGUCAAGAUGAGGAGUCCUAUGGUUUAUCGUAUACGGGGGCAGUGCGGCAUAAUGCCAUGGCAGCAAUGGAUUCGGCUGGUUUUUGCCGUGGGAGCAUUGUUGGUGUUCGGGUCGAUAUGUGGAGGGGAACUCUGGAGUUCUAUCUUAAUAGAAAACCACUAGGAAUAUCAUUCUACAACCUACGGCGACAUCGCGCUCUAUACCCGAUGAUAUGCUCUACGGCGGCACAGUCUUCUAUGAGACUAAUAUACGCGGCCUCUUGGCGCGCCUCGCUACUGGUAGACUCUGCACGUAUACUCGGGUCUUCGAUGCGCGGUGAAAUCGCCCGCCUGCCUCCGGGACUGUUCUACGCCUUCCGGAACAAUUUCUGGCUGACACUACCAUCAGAGGGCGGAGAUUUAGAUGAAGAAAUUGAGGUAGAAGAGGAACCGCCCAAAAGCGAUGCUAUGAAAAUAACUAAGAGUAUGAUGUACCCAAGCUUGAAGAGGCGGCACUGGUAAACGCGUGUUUCUAUUCAACUAGUAAUUUAAUUGCCUGUUAUUUUAUUUUUUAUUUAUUUUAUUUAAUAUAUGGGUAUAGCAUGUGACUAAAAAUGAAAAAAAAAAAACCC